GACGUCGACGGGCUCGUGGCGUUCGGCGAGGAGCUCCAGGUGGGUGUCGCCGGCGGGGUGCAGCUGGCCUGGCGUUCAGGGCGCCGGGGCGGCUUCGCGCUCCCCGCUGGUGGCGCUGCUUUCGGGAUCCUGCUGCAGCAGAGCGAGGUGGCGUACUUCAGGCAGGAGUUCCGGGGUAACGACGCGCGGGCGCUGGAGGUGCCCGCCGCGUCUGCGGCAUCAAGCGGGCCGGCGCGUCACUGGCGCGAGGUGGUCCAGCUGUGCCACCAGGAGCAGAUGGCCGACUUCGCGGUGCCAGGGCCGCGGACUGCCGCUUGGUGUGCAAAGUACCAGGUGAAGGAAGGUGGCCCGUCCCUCCAUCAUGAUAUGUGGAAAAGCCGCAGGAAGCUCGCCUCGAUGGACUUCGGCGUCGACAUGCACGACGCGCUCUCGCGCAUGAUUGAGGCCAUGGGAGUGUCGGACCACCUUGACGUCUUCAACUUGGCGAGCGCGGAGAUCGGAUAUCGCAAGCUCCAGUUGAUCGAGCAUUACUGGGGCGACCGCAGUGCAGAGCAGCAGCAGAACAACAGCAAUAUCCCCUUGGAGGAGAGCCAGGCCUUCAUGGGCGGGGGCGAGCUUCUCACCGAGCUCGUCGUCGCGCUCAAUCAGCUGGAUGCCAGCUCGGACCUCGUUCGCAGGCAGUGCGAGGGCGAGCCCAGCAGGAUGCAGCAGCUAUGCCUGGAGCGCCUCGCCGAAAGCUGCGCGGCGAUGGGCGCUCCGCCUUCUGAUUUGUCGUCCGAGGUGGCCCUCCGGGAGCUCCAGGUCGGCGCCGCCAACGGGGACUGCGACCCCGUCUCGGCGGCCCCCUUCGCGCACGACCUCGUCUCCUUGCCGGCUGUCGGUGGCGCCCCGGUGCCGCUGGACCAGCUGCUCGGGAAAGACGGUCCAGAUAUCGUGCGGAGGCUCGACGGCGACGACUUCGAAGAGGUCGGGCUUUUCACAGUUUGGAAGAAAGACGGUCGCCAACGUCUGGUGAUCGAUUGCAUGGGGUCAAAUUUGCAUCUUGCAGAACCUAACAAGACCAGCCUCGCUAGCGGGGCCAGCUUCAGUCGCAUGGAGCUUCAAGAGGGUGAGCAGUUGUGGACGGGGGGCGUGGACAUAGCCGACGCGUUCUACAAUGUGGGUUUGCCUGGUGAACUUCGACGUUACUUUGCUCUUCCUCGAUUGCGUGCCGCUGACCUUGGCCUCAAGGUCGUCGAGGGCCAGUCCGUGUCGAGCCGAGCCUGGGUCCGCCCGUGCUUGGCGGUCUUGCCAAUGGGCUGGUCGCACGCUCUCGACUUCUGCCAGCGGGUGCACCGCUCGAUCGCGCUGGUAAAAGGGGCCCCCCCUGGGGCAGCUGAGAUCGUUGACGGACGUCCGCCGGCGGAUGUGAGGGAGGGAGCUUUCGCGGCCUACGUCGACAGUUUCGUCGCCUUCGGCACGGGGCCCGAGAGGCCUGGUGAGAUGUUGGACGCAGCUCGAAAAGCCCUUGAAGGUGUGGGCCUGCCGGUGCACCCGACCGAGGCGCCUGUCACCGUUUCGGAGCAGCUGGGCUGGGUCUUCGACGGAGAGCGCGGGGCCUUGCGCCCCAAGAGUCGGCGUGUUUGGAGAUUGAGGUUGGUGAUUCUGGAACUCUUGAAGAAGGGGUGCGCCACGGGUCGCCAGAUCGGAAAGGUUGCUGGACAUUAUGCUUUCAUUGCUCUCGUUCAGAGGCCCAUGCUCUCCGUCUUCAGCGCCGUAUACAGUUUCUCCCGGAAGUACUUCUCCCGAGUCAUGAAAAUCCCGCCUUCGGUUCGACGUGAACUUCAGUGGGCUGCCGCACUCCUCCCUCUGGCCUGGUCUGACCUGCGUGCGCCCUGGGGCUCCAUGGUGCACGCGGGCGACGCGAGCGAGGAGGGGAGGGGGGUCUGCCAGAAGGAGGCCGACGUCGAGCUCGUCAGGGAGCCGGAGAUCGUCGACGACUUCGAGGGGGUAGGCGUGCAGGCCUCCGUCCGCUGGAUCCCGUCGGAGCGCAACGUUGCGGAUGCUCCGUCGCGCCGCCGCACCCCCCUCGGCGCGUGGCUGGGCGGGGGCGCGGCCGGUGCUGAGCCGGACCUCGACCGCUGGGACGUGCGGGACGGCUGGCCGUCCGUGGCGCCGCCAGCGGCCCCCUCCGGGGCGCCCGGCGCCCCCCGGCGGCUGCGGGGCAAGCGGGCGGCCGACGGGAGCGAUCCUGUUCAGUCGGCGGUGCGCCGGCCUCGCCGCGUCGGGGCGGCUGCAGCCGCUGCGCGGCGGCAGGGGCGCGCGGCGCCGGCGCGGAGAGCUGCUCGCGCGGCUCGCCGGCGGGCGCGGGCUGCGCCUCUGAUCACAGGGUGGACCUUUCUGCAGAGCGCCUCGGCGACGCCGAAGACGGUCGCGCAGUGCGACACGCUGUGGCAGGACAUCCUUCGGGCGUGGGCAGCGACUGCGUGCGUGACCGGCGCCGCCCGAGUGCCCAGCGACGACGACAUGGACGGCCUGCUUGCCAGCUGGAUGGACCGCGAGCACCUGGCCGGCGAGCUGUCGCAGCGCGGGACCAAGGCGAUGGCGGCGGUGAAGUUCUUCCGGCCGCAGUUCAGCCGCGCGGGCAGCCUCGCGCUGCCGCGGGCAGCACAGGCCUUGAAGGGGUGGAAGAAGCGCCUCGCCCCUGGGCGGGCGCGGCUCCCGCUCCCCUGGGAGGUGGUGUCGCUGAUCGCGCUCGAGCUGGUCGCCGCGGGCUUCUGGGCGAUGGCUGCGUGGGUCGUCAUCACGUUCCACUGCUACCUGCGGCCCAGCGAGCUGGGGCGGGUCACGCCAGAGAUGAUCUUCGCGCCCACCCCGGGCACGCACAUCUCGAGCUGGUUCAUCGUUCUGCGCCCGUCCGAGGAGGAGGUGAGCAGCAAGACGAGGGAGUUCGACGAGACCGUGGUGUUCGACCUCGCGGAGUUCAGCUUCCUCCACAGCGUGCUCGCGUUCCUCAAGAGGAGCGCGCCGCCAAGGCAGCCUGUCUUCGGCUUCCUGCACGCGGACCUCGUCCGCAACUUCAGGGCCGCGGCCGUGCGCGCCGAG